AGGAGUGGUUCUGAAGCUAUUAUACUGGACCAAUGCCCAGGGAGGCUCAGGUAGGAGCCUGAGCUGGGAAGGCAAAGACCAUGGGUGCCCAGAUUCCUGCAACCAUGCUGCACUGGCAGUUCAGGUGGGCUCUGCCCUGGGCCUUGCUCCUGCUACUACUAAGUUCCCAACUCCUGGUGACUUACAGCUGGAGUUCCCAGGAGAAGGGGGACAGUGAUGAGCAAAGGGACAUAGAACAUCACUUCCCUGCCACUGUGGAGUAUGCCUUACACAUAUUCAACCUACAGAGCAAUGACACGAAGGCCUACAGGCUGGUGCGCAUCCUGAAUUCCUGGAAGGAACAGAUAGAAGACAUCCUGACAUUCUCCAUGGAGAUAAAGCUUUGCAGAACUGAAUGUGAAUUUGAUGAAGACAUUGACAACUGUCCCUUUCAAGAAAGCCCAGAGCUGAACAAUACCAUCACCUGCUUCUUCACCAUCAGCACUGAGCCCUGGAGAACAAAGUUUGAACUCCUGAACAAGACCUGCUUGGAGCGCUUCCUUUGAUUGAGGCCAUCCCCACCUGGCCUCUAGCUGUUCUUCUUCUGGACACCAGCAUUUCUAUGUAGGUGACAAUACCAGGUUGUUCUCUUGCAAGUGUCUGGGUCUCACUUCCAGGCAUUGUGGAGAUUCCUCACUGUCCAAUUUUUUCAUGUAGAAUAUAUCAUUAAAUAUCUGCAUUUCAAGAAGCUUUGUGUGGCAUGGUUCCAGAGGGGCUGUACAGGUGAAGGACUGAUCCCAGCACAGCAGUAGGGUGGACCCAUGGUGGUGGGUUCUCUUCCCUCUUGGACCUCUGGAGCCAGUCCAGGUGUCACAGCCUGGAAGCACAAGGUACUUCUGAGCCGCUGUCUUGCGGCUCAUGAGGAAUCACUUUUGUCCCCAAAGGUGCAAUGCCCAUGACCUGGCAGAGAACCCAAACUGCAAGGUGGACCCAGACAGGCCCUCAGGCCCUCAGGACACAUGAGGCCCCCAUCUCUGGGUCUUGGGGGCUUGCUCACAUCCAUUCCGUGGUCCACACAGCUGUGAGGAUGUGGGAGCAUCUGUAGCCUCCACCCACAGAGUGGUCCAGCCACCACCAACAGCAGCAAGUCCUUGAGCCUCAGAAAUGUUCCAUUAGUGUCUCCCCACCUUUGCACAAGGAAGCUGCAUUUUCUUGAAUUCCCAGGAGACCCAUGGACACUUACCAUUUGAAAGGCACUGCUCUCCCAGAUGCUAUGAGACUCAGCCUGAAUCCCCUAAAAGAGGAUUGGCAAACUUUUUCUGUACAUAAAGUGAAACUGUUUUGGCCUUUGUGGGCUAUAUGGCGUUGUUCUCAGAUCCCCAACUUUGCUUUGAAAGUU